GAGGCUGCUUGACAGACAGUGCAUAUCCAUAAGAACUGCAGCAGAGGUGACUGGUGGUAGCCACACAUGCUAGGCUUUCAAAAUAGAUAGGUAAACAUCUCCAUUCUUGAGAUAUUACAUUCUCAACAUACCUGCAUCUACCAAUGAACUUCCAGCUUGUCAUAUAAACCAUCAGGCUGUUGCUGCUAACCUUGGGUCCCAGUUGCAAUCAAGCACAUACUUGCCUAAUCUACGGCAGAAAGAUUUGGGCCCAGUAAGAUCUAGAAAUAUUGGAUGAAACUCACAGCCACAGAAAUAAUUAAGGAACUGAAGGGAGCAACUAAUAGAGAAAUGCAAGCCAUUUCUUGGCAUCUGGAUUUUAUUCCUUUUUAAAAUCAAAUAAGAAUGUCUUCCUUGAGUGGAAAAGUGCAGACUGUACUGGGCCUUGUGGAGCCUACCCAGCUUGGCUGCACCAUGACCCAUGAACACUUAACAAUGAGCUACAAAUCCUGCUUUGUACCACCUUCUUCAGAUCAAGAAGCGUUGUCUGAAGGGCACAUUGAGAUGAAGAACUUGUUCUGGAUUAAACAGAAUCCUUAUAGCCAUAAAGAGAACCUCCUUCUGUAUCAGGAAACAGAUGCUGUAAAGGAGGAACUGUUACAUUUUAAGGCAGCAGGUGGUGGAACAAUAGUAGAAAAUACAACCACAGGAAUAAGUCGAGAUGUGAAAACUUUGAAGAAACUUGCUGAAGAAACCGGAGUUCACAUUAUUGCUGGGGCUGGAUUUUAUGUGGAUGGCACUCAUUCUCCUGAGAUUCGGGUUAUGUCAGUGGAGCAGCUUACAGACAUCAUUGUUAAUGAAAUACUCAGUGGAGCUGAUGGAACCAACAUCAAGUGUGGUGUGAUAGGAGAAAUUGGUUGUUCUUGGCCCUUGACUGAGAGUGAAAAAAAAGUGCUUCAGGCCACAGCACAUGCUCAGUCACAACUUGGCUGCCCUGUCAUCAUCCAUCCUGGGAGGCAUAGUGAUGCACCUUUCCAGAUUAUUCGCAUCCUACAAGAAGCUGGGGCUGAUCUCUCAAAAACGGUCAUGUCUCACCUUGACAGGACUAUAUUUGAUGAGAAGAAACUGCUGGAGUUUGCUAAACUUGGAUGCUACUUAGAGUAUGACCUCUUUGGCACAGAGUUGCUCAAUUACCAGUUCAACCUGGAUGUUGAUAUGCCAAGUGACAAUGAAAGAAUUGCAAGGAUUCGGAUGUUGAUUCACGAAGGCUAUGAAGACAGAAUUCUAAUGGCUCAUGAUAUACACACUAAGAACAGAUUGAUGAACUAUGGAGGUCAUGGAUAUUCACAUAUCCUUAAAAAUAUAGUUCCAAAAAUGCUAAUUAGAGGCAUCUCCCAAAAUAGAAUUGAUAAAAUAUUGGUGGAGAACCCAAAACAGUGGUUGACCUUUAAAUAAAAGUAGAUGUUAAAUAUUCACAUCUUGCUUUAAAAAAAUCAGAUUACAUUUAAUAGAGGGUCAUUUCACAUAUAGGGGCACUGGGGAAAACUUAAUAAGCCACCCACAGCACUGAUCAUCACCUCUUUUUUUUAAAUUAGAACACAAAGUGGUAAUUGCCUUUGCCUUAAAUGCCCUUCUAAUAAUCUGGUCCUGAAUGAGUUAUUGGUCUUGAGCACAACUACAGAAUUUUUGCAAACAAAUAUUGGAAUAAUGUGUUCCACUGAGCAAAUUUCAUACUGUCAUCACACAUUAUUCAGGAUUUUAUGUUCUUUGAAAAUACAUCAGCUGUACUACUUGACGAAAUUUAAAGUGUUUCAAGUUAAUUGCCCCCCUCUAGAGUGAUAUGAUGUUCCUUGUAAUAUUGAUGAUCAUGCUAAUUAUCCUGUUGUUCUUUAAUUAAUGCUUGAUAAAGAAUAUGGCAUUUUAAACUAGCUUCUACAAAAAUGGAGGAUUACAAAAAGGAAGAUUUUAAUGUUUUUAAAAAAGUACUUUAUCUUCCUUAAUUAACAAUUCAAAGAGAUUAUUUUUAAAUGAAAAUGUGAAGAAUAUUUUUGAAUAAAGCAGUUUGUAGACGAGUUUAA